AUGGCUCCCAGCACUACCACCGCCAAAGAGGCAGACUACAUCGUCGUCGGCGGCGGCACAGCCGGCCUCGUCGUCGCCAACCGCCUGUCCGAGGACCCCUCGGCCUCGGUGCUCGUUCUCGAGGCCGGCGCCGACCUCUCGGCCGACCCGCGCGUCAGCGGGCCCGCGCUCUUCAUGACGCUCUUCAACACCGACGCCGACUGGGCCUUCCGCACCGUGCCCCAGGCGGGCCUGCGCGGCCGCCGCAUCGAUGAGCCGCAGGGCCGGGCGCUUGGUGGCUCGUCGGCCAUCAACGGGCAGGCCUUUGUCGCGCCCGCGGCGGCGGGCAUCGACGCCUGGGCCGCGUUGGGCAGCGAGGGCUGGGGGUGGGAGGCGCUGCGGCCGUACUUUCGGCGCUGCUGCACGCUGACGGAGCCCGACGAGGAGACCAGGCGGCACCUCGGGGUCGACUGGCUGAGCGAGGAGGACAAGGGCACGGAUGGCCCGCUCAAGGUGUAUUUUCCGGCUGUCAAGGAGAAUCCCGUCGCCAAGUCUUGGAUCGAGGCUUUCAAGGGGAUGGGCAAGAUUACUACUGGUGAUCCGUUCUCGGGCAAGUCGGUGGGAGCGUACAGCAACCUUGCCACGGUGGAUCCGGUCGAAAAGGUCCGCAGCUACUCGUACUCGGCAUACGGUGCACCUGCUGCUCAGAGGAACAAUGUCCAGCUGGUCACGCAGGCCACUGUCCAGAAGAUCGUAUUCUCCCGGCCCAACUCGAGCGGCGAUGUUCGAGCCACGGGUGUGCAGGUGUCCGUCGCGGGUGGGGAUGUCGAAACAUUCUCCGCUAAGAAGGAAGUCAUCCUCGCCGCAGGCGUGUUCAACACACCGAAGGUGCUCGAGCUCUCGGGGGUCGGUCAGAAGGACCUACUCGAGAAGCAUGGCGUGCCUGUCGUUGUAGACAGCCCCGGCGUCGGUGAAAACCUCCAGAAUCACCUCCAUACGGCAGUAAGCUACGAGGUAGCCGACGGAGUUGCCACCGUCGAUGCACUCAUGCGGCAGGAGCCGGAAGCCCUCGCCGAGGCGCAGAGGCUCUACGUCGAGAAGCGCGAGGGUCCGCUCACCGUCGGCGGCAUCCAGUCCCACGCGUACAUGCCGCUCCCGGACAGCGCAAGGGUCCCUAUCAGCGAGAUUCUAGACAAGAACCCCCCGUCAACCAAGGACGCUACCUUUGUCGCCGCCGUACGCUCUAUCGUUGAGCGGGAGGACGAGAGCAGCUGCGCGUGGUUCAUCUUCCCGGCGCAGGGCAACCUGCACGAGGAGACCAGGAACACGGUGAUGCCGCAGAACUUUCUCACCUUCGCCCUCGCGCAGUGCUACCCCUUCUCGCGCGGCAGCAGCCACAUCUCGUCGGCAGACGCAGGCGCCGCGCCGGCCAUCGACCCGCGGUACUUCAGCCACCCGGCGGACCUGGAGCUCAUGGCCCGGCACCUGCAGGAGCUCGACAAGCUGCGGCAGCGGGCCGAGCUGGCGGCGUACCUCAAACCCGACGGGGCGCGCAACCACCCGGACUCGUUCCUCCUGGCGGACCCGGAGGUAGCCAGGAGGUACACGCUGGACACGGCGCGGUCGACGUACCACUGCUGCGGGACGGCGGCGAUGCUGCCGCGCGACAAGGGCGGGGUGGUCGACUCGAGGCUGGUCGUCUACGGGACGGAGAACCUGCGCGUGGUGGACGCGAGCGUGUUCCCGCUGAUUCCGCGGGGCAACAUCCAGAGCACGGUGUACGCGGUGGCUGAGAGGGCGGCCGAUAUCAUCAAGAAAGGGGUUUGA